GUCAUUGCCAUGAUACCAUAGGAACUGAUAACAGUGUGGCACAUCAUCUCACUCGGAGGGCGGCGGUGGAUGGAUGGAUAUGCUGCUCUCGACAGGCGUGCGUCCCCAGCCUCUCCAAACACCAACCGGUGUGUGUGUGACGCAAAGGAGUCUACUUAAGCGGGAUUAGCGCUGAGCGGCACACUGAGCUCCACACUGCACUCAGUCACACACAACCCUUCUUCCGUGUACACACGAUCCAACACCGCCGUACAGGAGGGCUGUCUACCAAUCAGCGCCUGGAGAGCGAAGGGACUGGAGAGCUCAAGCUCAGAAACGCGUGCACACGCUUUGCGCCUGAGUGUGAUCUUCUCCGGAUGAACAAUCAUGGGGGAGUGGACCAUAUUAGAGCGUCUCUUGGAGGCGGCUGUCCAGCAGCACUCUACCAUGAUCGGAAGGAUCCUGCUGACAGUGGUCGUGAUCUUCAGGAUUCUGAUUGUGGCGAUAGUCGGAGAGACUGUGUACAACGAUGAGCAGUCCAUGUUUGUGUGUAACACCUUACAGCCGGGCUGCAACCAGGCCUGCUACGACAAAGCUUUCCCCAUCUCCCACAUCAGGUACUGGGUGUUCCAGAUCAUUAUGGUGUGCUGCCCCAGCCUCUGCUUCAUCACCUACUCUGUCCACCAGUCUGCCAAGCAGAAGGAGCGGCGCUACUCUACAGUGUACCUCUCCCUGGACAAGGACCAGGACUCCAUGAAGAGAGAUGACAGCAAGAAGAUCAAAAACACCAUUGUGAAUGGAGUGCUGCAGAACACAGAAAACUCCAACAAGGAGGCAGAGCCUGACUGCCUGGAGGUCAAGGACAUUCCUCACUCAGCCCUGCGAACUACAAAGUCAAAAAUGAGGAGGCAGGAGGGCAUCUCCAGGUUCUACAUCAUUCAGGUGGUGUUUAGAAAUGCACUGGAGAUAGGGUUUCUAGUGGGUCAAUACUUCCUGUAUGGAUUCAACGUCCCUGCGGUGUACGAGUGUGAUCGAUAUCCUUGCAUAAAAGAUGUAGAGUGUUACGUUUCCAGGCCGACAGAGAAGACAGUGUUUCUGGUCUUCAUGUUUGCAGUCAGUGGCAUUUGUGUGGUGCUGAACUUAGCAGAGCUCAACCACUUGGGCUGGAGGAAGAUCAAAACUGCAGUGAGAGGAGUGCAGGCCAGGAGGAAGUCCAUUUACGAGAUCCGUAACAAAGACUUACCCAGGAUGAGUAUGCCCAACUUUGGGCGCACUCAGUCCAGUGACUCUGCAUAUGUGUAACUGCCUACAUACAUAGAGGAGGCUGCAGGACAGCUGUGUACAAACUAGUUAUCAAGAAUGUGGAGCAAAAACAUUCAACAUUACAAAUUAUUUUUCCAUAUUUACUCUUGAAACAAAACAAGUAAAACAUUCUGAGAUUAAGGGGAAGGGAUUUUAUUUGUUUCCAGUGGAAGUCAACUUCUUUCAGAGAUUUUCGGUUUCUAUAAAAUCUCUGAAAUAAAUCACACUGCAUCAGAAACAAGUGUAGUUAUAAUGUGUACCCCCUUAACAGAAUGUUUCACCCUUUCCAAGAAAUCAGAGAUUUGAAUGAUGGUGAAUAGAGCCUGUGUCUUCAAAUGAAAUUCAGUGGGACUGGACUUUUUCCUUGAGAUGAACAGUUUAUCUUGCCAAGCUUGUGUUGAAUUUGGCAUGAUAUCAACUUUAUUUGUCUUAUAUGAACAACCAAGAGACAAACGAAUCAAAUGUUUGUUUGUCGGACUAAUAAGGAGAAGACACUAAUGAGGGUUUUCUUUUUUGUAAAGUGCUUCUUAAAAGCCUAGGCUGAUACACUACGUGGUCAAAAGUAUGUGGACACCCAAACAUUCCCAAACUUGAACAUGUGGUGACACUAUGUUCAUUAAUCUGCUGUAACAGCCUCCACUCUUCUGGCUUCAGGCAUCAGGCUUUCCACCAGAUGUUGGAACCUGCUGCAGGGUUUUGCUCCAAUUCCACAAGAGCAUUAGCGAGGUCCAACACUGAUGGUGAUAAGGUCUGGCUCACGGUCGGUGUUCCAGUUAAUCCCAAAGGUGUUGGAUGGGGUUGAGGUGCAGCCCAGUCAAGUUCUUCCAUAGCAAACUGGGAAAAGCAUGGAGGCAGCUUCAUGGAGCUGAGUUUGAGCACAGGAAUGCUGUCAUUUUGAAAAAGGAAUGAGCCUUCACCAAACUUUUGUCACAAAGUUGUUGAACUGCUGGAGAUUUCUCUUACAGGGGUACAUCAGUUAUAGCUCCAGUUAUAUAGUAUUGCACUUGUAUAAAGUUGGGGCACUCUUAAGGUCGAGAUAUCCUGACCUUUAGUCCUUAAUAUGGGUCAAGUUCCAAAACUGUUGCAUCCUACAUUUCCCAUGAUGCAACUCAAUAGUGUCUGGCUUCAUGCCAUGUUCACAUUGUUUAUUAAAUUAAUUAAACAUGGGUUAAUUACCUUGAAUGAUGGAUUUUGGCAUGAGGCCUCCAGAUUUGAUUACCUUACUACUGUAUCAUCAAGCACCAAAGUGGAGAUAUCAAAACUCUCAGUUUCCUAGCAAGGUUGGCAACUGGUAAUUAAUUACAAUAAUGUGCAUGUUACCUUUUCUUUUUUAUUUUCUCAGACACCUCCAGAAACACAGAAAAUAUACAACUUUUUUUUACACGCUGAGUAGUACUCCUCAUGAUGGAAAACCUGACUUCGUGUGUAACUUUGAUGGAGUGCGCCUUUAACUGGAACUAAGGGGCCCAGCCCAAACCAUGAAAUACAGCCCCAGACCAAAAGUACACAAAAAGCAUUUGCACAGGACUGUCCACAUACUUUUGGCCAAAUAGUGAAUGAGAUUUCAGUGGUUUUCUGAUGUCUGGGGACACCGAGUGUAUUCUUGCACUAACAAGCCAAAUGAACAUAUCUGUCUGCUUCGAGCUGUGAUGGUGUUUUAACGACAUUCCAGUGAUUUCAAACAAUAUUUUUACAGUAAAACACAAUGUGGCUGUGUCAAGGACAAGAUUAUUUUGACAUUAUAAUACAUAACACAUUCUUACAGUAUAUCUCUCAUCUCAAAUAUCUAUCUCUUAGCAAUCACAUUGUUCAGGAUGCCUGUGCUUGCACCACUGACCUUAACCUAACAAUCACUCCUUUGCUUUAGCUGAAGGAAGGUGGUGUCUGGAAACCCGCCGCCAUUUAUUUUUUCUAUUACACCUAAGCGCCCAUCUCUUUCAUUUGUGAUGUUUCUUGUUUUCAUGUCAUCAAGUGCCAUUCAUGUUAAUAAAUAUAUUAUAUUACAUACAUCUUUAGAGUAUUUUAACUUCAUCCAGAGAUAUGAAAACACAUGAAAUUCCACUUUGGACUAUCAUGAUAUCAUCCUCUAUCAUCUGAAGACCUGUAUGGAAAUGAUGUGCUGCUGUCAUCUUUGAUUUCAAUUUGUAACAUAAACCCCAACCAGCCAUCGCAUAUUCCAGGGUGAUUUUAAUCUAGACUCAUUUGAUUUUAAUCAAGUGAAGCAUAUAUUUGAAUUUCAUUGGGAAAACAGGUGAUGCAUUACUGUGGUAAUGGUGCUACAAUACUUUAUGUCACUGUUAAAUGAAUAUGACAAGCAUCUGUAAUAAAAGGGAAGCUAUAUGAACUAGAUAAGUGUGGUGUGUGAUG